AUGCUUUCUCUUCUCAAAUCAUUGCCAUCUCGCAAUUUCAAGCUCAUUUCCCCCAUUUUCCCAUUGCAACCAUGGAUUCACCAAAAUUUUUCAUCCGCCACAGGUUCUUUCCAACAGAUAUCACAGGACCAUGAGAACAAGAACAACAAUGUCAAUUUCAACUUUGUAUUCCAUUCCUGCAGAGACAUUGGAGCUGUCAAGCAGCUUCAUGCACUUCUUGUGGUGUUGGGUAAAGCUCAAAAUGUCGUUUUGUUCACCCAGCUUGUUACUUUGUAUGCCACUCUUGGGGACAUCUCAUUGUCUCGCAAUACUUUUGAACACAUUCAGAGGAAGAACAUUUUCACGUGGAACUCGAUGGUGUCUGCAUAUGUUCGGUGUGGGAGAUACCGUGAUGCUAUGGACUGUGUCAGUGAGUUCUUCUCCAUUUCUGGUGUAAGACCUGACUUUUACACAUUCCCCCCUGUUUUCAAGGCGUGUGUGAGCGUGGUUGAUGGGGAGAAGAUGCAUUGCUGGGUUUUGAAGAUGGGGUUUGAGCAUGAUGUGUAUGUGGCUGCUUCUUUGAUCCAUAUGUAUUCAAGGUUUGGAUCUGUGGAUGUUGCCCACAGGGUGUUUGAUGAUAUGCCCGUUCGAGAUGUGGGUUCUUGGAACGCGAUGAUUUCUGCAUUUAUUCAGAAUGGGAAUGCAGUCGGGGCUCUAGGUAUUUUGGGUAGGAUGAAGGUUGAGGAGGUGAAGAUGGAUAUGGUAACAGUGGCAAGUGUGCUUCCUGCUUGUGCGCAAGUGAAUGAUGCUGUUUGUGGGAUGUUGGUUCAUUUGUAUGUGAUAAAGCAUGGGUUGGAAAGCGAUGUUUUUGUUUGCAAUGCUUUGAUAAAUAUGUAUUCGAAGUUUGGUAGGCUGCAGGAUGCACAGAGGGUUUUUGAUGGCAUGAAGGUGAGGGAUGUUGUGUCUUGGAAUUCUAUAGUUGCUGCGUAUGAGCAGAAUGAUGAUCCAGUUACUGCACUUGGCUUCUUUAAAUGGAUGCAAUUUGUUGGAAUGCGACCUGACUUGUUGACGGUUGUGAGUUUGGCCUCAAUAUUUGUUCAGUUAAGUGAUCAGAAAGUUGGCAGGGCUGUUCAUGGAUUUGUUAUGAGACGUGGGUGGCUUGAAGAAGAUGUUGUUAUCGGUAAUGCACUCGUGAAUAUGUAUGCCAAAUUGGGUUCGAUAGACUGUGCACGUGCAGUUUUCGAACAGCUUUCUAGAAGAGAUGUUAUUUCAUGGAACACUUUGAUCACAGGUUAUGCUCAAAAUGGUCUUGCAAGUGAAGCAAUCGAUACUUACAACAUGAUGGGAGAAUGUAGAACGAUAAUCCCCAACCAAGGGACAUGGGUGAGCAUUCUCCCAGCAUAUUCCCAUAUUGGAGCUUUGCAACAAGGAAUGAAAAUUCAUGGGAGGCUAAUCAAGAACUGUCUCUAUUUGGAUGUGUUUGUGGCCACCUGCCUGAUUGACAUGUACGGGGAAUGUGGGAGGUUAGAGGAUGCAAUGUCCUUAUUCUAUGAAAUUCCGAGGGAAACUUCAGUUCCUUGGAAUGCAAUAAUAUCUUCUCUGGGGAUUCAUGGCCAUGGAGAAGAAGCUCUGCAACUUUUCAAGGAUAUGUUAGCUGAAGGGGUAAAGGCAGACCAUAUCACCUUUGUAUCAUUGUUGUCGGCUUGUAGCCAUUCAGGUUUAGUUGAUGAGGGUCAAUGGUGCUUUGAUAUGAUGCAGAAAGAGUGUGGGAUCAAGCCUAAUUUGAAACAUUAUGGCUGCAUGGUGGAUUUGUAUGGCAGAGCUGGGUAUUUGGAAAAGGCAUAUAAUUUAGUAAGCAAUAUGCCUGUACAGGCAGAUGCAUCCAUUUGGGGUGCUCUCCUUGCUGCUUGUAGAAUACAUGGAAAUGCAGAAUUGGGUACUUUUGCUUCAGAUCGCUUGUUGGAAGUUGAUUCAGAGAAUGUUGGUUAUUAUGUUCUGUUGUCAAAUAUCUAUGCAAAUGUCGGAAAAUGGGAAGGAGCAGUUAAAGUAAGAUCAUUAGCCAGAGAUAGAGGAUUAAGAAAGACUCCUGGAUGGAGCUCUGUUGUAGUAGGUAGUGUAGUUGAAGUCUUUUAUGCAGGAAACCAAACUCAUUCACAAUGCACAGAGAUAUACAAGGAAUUAAGGAUGUUGAAUGCCAAAAUGAAAAGCCUUGGUUAUGUUCCAGACUAUAGUUAUGUCCUACAAGACGUUGAGGAGGAUGAGAAAGAGCAGAUUUUGACAAGUCAUAGUGAGAGACUGGCCAUUGCAUUUGGACUUAUCAGCACCCCACCAAAAAGUCCCAUUAGGAUAUUUAAAAACUUGCGUGUUUGUGGUGAUUGCCACAAUGCAACUAAAUACAUAUCCAAAAUUACUGAGAGGGACAUUAUUGUGAGGGAUUCAAACCGUUUUCAUCACUUCAAAGAUGGGAUUUGUUCAUGUGGUGAUUACUGGUGA